GUCUGCGAGUGAGCUCACACCUCGAUCCUCGUCCUCUUCUUCGAUUCCUCCUCUGUUCUCGCUGGCCGUACGUGUCAAGCGUAUCCAGCACACACGGCUAUAUAAAGGCUGCACCUCGAGCCCCUUUUCCUCCCAACCAACCAACCUCAAAUCAAAUCAAGAACAGCUCGUGCUUAGAUCGCUCUCUCGCUUGCUGUUCUUCCAAUCCACUCCUCUUGUUUGUGGCAAAGAUCUGGGUUCUUUUUUUUUCUUUUUUUGCCGGGUUUUUUUGGAGAGGUUUUGUGAGCAUGGAGGGUUUAAGGGGCGGCGGCCAUGGCGAGGCGGCGGUGGACGGCGGCGACGAGAGGUGGGUGGAGGACUCGUCGGUGGAUUACCAAGGGCGGCCUCCUCUCCGCGCCGCCACCGGAUCAUGGAAGGCCGCAAUGUUCAUCAUCUUGAUUGAGUUCAGCGAGAGGCUGAGCUACUUCGGGCUAGCGACGAGCUUGAUGAUCUACCUGACCAAGGUUCUCCAGGAGGAGAUGAAGUUCGCCGCCAAGAAUGUCAACUACUGGACCAGCGUCACCACCCUCAUGCCCCUCGUCGGCGGCUUCCUCGCCGACGGCUACCUCGGCCGCUUCUCCACUGUCCUCUUCUCCACUCUCAUCUACCUCUCGGGGUUGAUUCUGCUGGCGAUAUCGCAGCUGUCGCCGAGGCUGAAACCCGAGCGCAACCUGCACCUCCACGAGACGCUCUUCUUCGUGGCGAUCUACCUGGUGUCGGUCGGCACCGGCGGGCACAAGCCGGCGCUGGAGAGCUUCGGCGCCGACCAGUUCGACGACGGCCACGCGGCGGAGCGGGUGCAGAAGAUGUCCUACUUCAACUGGUGGAACUGCGCGCUCUGCGCCGGCGUCCUGCUCGGCGUCACCGUCAUCGUCUACCUCCAGGAGAAGGUCGGCUGGGGCGCCGCCGCCGUCGUGCUCGCCGCCGUCAUGGCCGCCUCCCUCGCCGUCUUCCUCGCCGGCUGGCGCCACUACCGGUACAGGGUCCCCGAGGGCAGCCCGCUCACGCCGCUCGUCCGCGUCCUCGUCGCCGCCGCGAGGAAGAGGCACCUCCACCUCCCCGCCGACGCCAACGAGCUCUACGAGGUGAAGCCGCAGAAUAUCAAGAGGCGGCUGCUCUGCCAUACCGAUCAACUUAGGUUUCUUGACAAGGCGGCCGUAGUGGAGCACGACGGCGGCGAGGAGCGGCGCGGGGCGUGGCGGUUGGCGACGGUGACGCAGGUGGAGGAGACGAAGCUGGUGCUGGCGAUGGUGCCCAUCUGGGUGGCGACGCUGCCGUUCGGCAUCACGGCGGCGCAGGUGUCCACCUUCUUCAUCAAGCAGGGCAGCGUGAUGGACCGCCGCAUGGGCCCGCACUUCACGCUGCCGCCGGCGUCCACCUUCGCCAUGGCCGCCAUCGGCAUGAUCGUCGCCGUGGCCGUGUACGACAAGGUCCUGGAGCCGUACCUGCGCCGCCUGACCGGCGGCGAGCGCGGGCUCAGCAUCCUGAAGCGCAUCGGCGUCGGCAUCGCGUUCACCAUCGUGGCCAUGGCGGUGGCGGCGACAGUGGAGAGGCAGCGCCUCCGCAGCGCCUCGCCGGCGUCCAUGUCGGUGUUCUGGCUGGUGCCGCAGUUCUUGCUGAUGGGCAUCGGCGACGGGUUCGCGCUGGUCGGUCUCCAAGAAUACUUCUACGACCAGGUGCCGGACAGCAUGCGCAGCCUCGGCAUCGGCCUCUACCUCAGCGUCAUCGGCGCCGGCAGCUUCCUGAGCAGCCAGCUGAUCACGGCGGUGGACCGCGUCACCUCGCACGGCGGCGCCGCCGCCGGCUGGUUCGGCAAGGACCUGAACAGCAGCAGGCUGGACCUCUUCUACUGGCUUCUCGCCUGCAUCGGCGUCGCCAACCUCGUCUUCUACGUGGUCAUCGCCACCAGGUACUCGUACAAGACCGUCAUGGCCGGCGGCAAGGUCGUCGACGACAAGGCCGGCGACAUCGAGUGCGCCGCCGCCGCAGCUGCUGCUGCCUACUGAUCAAUAUCAAGCAGUAGCUGAUCGAUUAGCUAGCUAGCUAGAAAAUCAUGGUAAGAAAGAAAAUGGCAUCAUCAUGUAUUAUGAUCUGCUUUCGUGGUACGUGACAACAACAAAAAAAUUGUAAGGAUUAUGUCGUUCGUCCAUGUAUAUGCUUAAUCUGCUUGUGAUUGCCAUCUGAUCGUGUGAUCUACUGCUA